UUUUCCAGAUCGAACUGCUUCCCUUCUCGGUUUUACUAGGUGAUUCAUGGCUGCCUAGCCAAAUUACCAGAAUAUCCCCUCACACUGAUUUCGUCAUAAUCGGCGGCUCAGAUCUUGGUUAUGAACGUGCUUUACCAUUCUGGAAAGUAGAGAAUGAGACCUUUCCAACGCGUAUAAGCUCAUUUCUAGAAGUUACUUGAGCUGCACGCAAUCUUCUGUUGAGAUCGUCAAACUUAAUCUCUAGUUAGUUCUCUCCAGAUUUGCACGAUUUCCAUCAGUGGUAUCAGAGCCACGGUUAGAGGACGUUCUUUCCUCCAGUGGAAGAGAUCUAGAGAGGCUUGAAGUGCUCCAGAUCUAGGGUUUGACAUGGCCCAAAAGUUGGAUGGCCCUCCUAGGUUUACCGGCUCGGACUUUUCGCUAUGGAGGUUCCAGUUCACACUAUGGCUAGGUAUUAAGGACCUAGAAAGUGUGUUGGAUGGAUCGGAGAAGCGACCACGAGCUGACUCUGGGGAGGCGUCUACUGGAGCAACCAGCCAAGUGGGAUCCGGGGCUGGGGGAGCGUCGUUGAGUGGGGUGAAGGAAGGAGGAACUGCUGCAACUCGAACCGGAAGGUCGCAACCAAGUAGCGAGGAGUUGCUCAAAGCUCAAGAAGCAUGGGAUCGGAAGGAUCGCCAGGCUUUUCAGUACCUGUGUUGGGCUUUGGAGGGGCAACUUGAGCUUCUUAAGAUGCUGAUUGACCUGAAGGGGAAGGAAGGUGCAGCGGCUGCAGCUUGGAAAAGAGUACAAGAUAGGCACUUGCAGAAAGGGCUUCUAAGCGUGCUUACUUGGCGGAAGCGGUUUUACACCAUGGAGCGGAACUAUGGGGAGGGGGAGACCAUGGUUCAGUAUCUCCAGAGGGUGGAUGAGAAUGUGCGGGCUUUGGAGGAGCUGGAUUACAUGGUAGAUGAGAAGGAGAUCAUCUAUACUGCGCUCCAAGGGUUGGAUCAAGCGGCUAAUGAGGCAUUACUACAGUACCUUCACCUCGAGCAACAGAAAUGGACCAAGGUGUGGAUUUGGGAGGUUCUAAUUUCUGAUGAGGCUCGCAAGGUUGAUGCUGGAAGAGGUCUAGAAGGAGGCAUGGGUGCAGCAGAUAAAGCUUCCUUCAGGAAAGGCUAUCAACAGCAAGGAGGUGGGGGGAAGAAGAAAGAGUUGGACAAAUGCCUUGUGCCCGGAUGCAACAAAAAACACUCUUGGAAGAGUUGCUGGAGUAGGCCUGAGGGAUGGAAGCCUCACGGCUACUCUGGAGAGGCCCCACCAGUGACCAAACCUGAUUGGGUGGAGAAAAGGAUGAAGAAGGGGCUCUGGAAUAAGAAGGGCAGCAAGGGAGCAACGGCCGCAGUUGCUAAGGAUGAGAAGGGGAAGGGCCAAGACGACUCCUCCGAUGAUGGUUUCUCGUUUCUCAUGCUAGGGCAGGAUGCAGCUCUCGCUGGUCGUGCAUUGGCUGAUCCCAACUUCCUGGUUCUAGACUCUGGAGCAACAUCUGGGAUGCUUCCUCGCUGUGAUCUCUUCACCUCCUACCAUCCUCUCCCACCAAACUCGAGGAACGUGAUUGUUGGGAGCGGAGAUUUGCUGCAAGCAAUUGGCAUCGGCACGAUCACCAUUAAGGGGAAGGAGGGGGAGCUAGUGGGUGUGAAGGGGGUCCUUCACGUCCCUGGUUUGGCUGCAAACCUCCUUUCAUGCUCGCAGCUGGCUAAACAGGGAUACAUCUGCACUUUCACUGAGGGAGGGUGUACUGUUAGAAAGGGUGAAGCUGUGGUGAUGGAGGCAAAGCUGGACAAGGGUUUAUACCUUGUUCCAGCUUGUGUGCCUAAUUGUUACAAGGCACAUAUGGUUUUUUCUGAGGAAGCCGCUUGUAGCACUCGCUGGAGGCAGGUGGAAACGGUGUCACCUGAGUUGCUACACCUUCGCAUGGGGCACGCGGGGAAGCAGCAACUGCUGGAGUGUGUGAAGAAGGGGGAGCUGAAGGGGGUGGAGGUCAAGGAAGGAGCUGGGCAGCAGAGCAAAUGUCCCGACUGCACGUCUGGAAAGCUGCCUAGAACCUCAUUCCCUAUCUCCUCUGAUCAUGCCUCGACUCCCCUUGAGCUGGUGCACACGGAUGUGUGUGGACCGAUGCAAACUCCUGACCGGGAAAAGGGCAACAGAUACUUUGUCACCUUUCUUGAUGACUUCAGUCGACUUAGCUGGGUCAUCUUGGUGAAGACCAAGGAUGAGGUGACGAAGGUGUUUAGGCGGUGGAUACGCUAUGUGGAGAGGGAGUCAGGGGCCAAGGUGAAGGUGUUAAGGUCAGAUCGGGGUGGAGAGUACCUUGGGAAAGAACUUCAAACCUUCUUGGAAGAAAAGGGUAUUACCCACCAGCUCUCUGUACCUUACACGCCGCAGCAAAAUGGGGCAGCGGAGCGGCUUAACAGGACCUUGACCGAUUUGGCUCGGGCCAUCCUUUCCCAUGCCGAGCUUGAUAACACUUGGUGGGGGGCAGCAGUGGAGUAUGCCAACUGGGUGAAGAACAGGAUGGGCAGCAAGGGGCUUGGAGGCAAGAGCCCAUACUCCUUAUGGACAGGGAAGGUGCCGAAUGUUUCCAUGGCAUGAGUGUGGGGGUGCAUGGCACAGUAUAAGGUACCUGACCAGCAAAGGAGGAAGCUAGAUCCUAAGGCACAGUGGGGGAUCUUCCUUGGGGUUUCUGAGAGGAGCAAGGCUUGGGUGCUGUGGAGUGUAGCUGACCAGCGUGUGAUGGAGAGCCGUGAUGUGGUUUUCCAUGAGGGGCUGAAUUUUAAGGGGUGGAAGGAGCAUGGUACAAGCCAAAGUGGGACUUCCAUUCAAGACCCUCAUACGGCUUCUAUCUUUGAGGGGGCAUGGGAGGACCCUGGAGAUGAAGGGGAGGAGCAGCAGGAGGAGCCAGAACCAGCUGAUCCUAACCAUGAGGAGUCCCGAGAGACAGAUUCUACCCCUCAGCCAGCCACGCAGGCCGAUGCGCGUGAUGAUCAGCCGGAGCAGCAUGUGCCUUCAACUCCAUCGAGAAGCAGUUGGCAGCAGUUGUUGAACCAGCAGCUGUCCAAGACUCCAAGGACUCCAAUGAAGAGGGUGACUUGGGAGGAGAAGCUGCGGAGGCUGGAAGAAGGAGAGGCAACACCUCUGCGACGUAGUGCUCGAAUUUCCCAGCCACCUGAAAGGUUUUCACCGGGCCACAUUGCACGCAUGCAUGAUCAUCU